AUGGUCCAAGCCAAUCAAUUUGGAGGUGCAAGAGUGGAGGACCCGAAAGCUCAUGUGGUGCACUUUGACCGAAUUUGCCAAACAAUAAAGAUGAAUGGGAUCCCGAGUGAUGCUAUAAAGUUGAGGUUGUUCCCAUUUUCACUCCAAGAUCAAGCUCUAAGUUGGCUUAACUCCUUCCCGGCCAACCACUUUGUAACAUGGGAGCAAUUAUACAAGGCCUUAAUGCAAGAGUAUUGUCCUCCUUCCAAGGCUGCAAAGUUGAAGAAACUCAUUCAAAACUUUCAACAAUUUGGGAAUGAGAAUCUAUAUGAAGCAUGGAAGAGGUUCAAGGAGUUGAGAAGGCAAUGUCCCAAGAAUUUGCUUACACCGGGGGAUUUCAUCUCAUCAUUCUAUGAGGGACUAUUGGAUAGUUCCAAAACCAUCCUUGACAUGUCAUCUUAUGGAGGGAUCUUUAUGGACAAAGGCCCGGAGCAUGGGGAGCAAAUUAUUGAAAGAAUAACAUCCAACACGGCAUAUUGGUAUAAUGAAAUAAGUGAACCUCCGAAGAAAGAAAAGCCAGCCGGUAUGUUUGAGGUGGAUGACAAGAUGGCUAUGCAAGCUCAACUAAACUCUAUCCAACACAUGCUCAAGCAAAUGAUGCAAAACCCCAAGCAAAGACCUCAUCAAAGCAUUGCCAUAGUUGCUUGUUGUGCCAUUUGUGGAGGAAACCAUGCCUCUCAAUCUUGUCAAUUAUUGGAUCCAAGUGGCCAAGGCUCAUUUUCAAGUAUGGAACAAGUUGAUGCAAUAGGGUUUUCUAGGCCUCAAGGGCAAAGUUUUCAAGGUUAUGGUCAACAACAAAGGAAUCAAUUUGGAGGUCAAUUUGGGAAUCAAUAUGGAACUUCAAUGAACAAUCAAGGAAGGAACCCACCCCCGGGCUUUGAAAGAAACCAAGGAAAUAUGGGUGGCAAUCAAGGGAACAAUUGGAGAGUCAACCAAGGCCAAGGCCAAUGGAACAAUCAAAGUGGUCAAGGAGACAAAGAUAAAGGGAAGGCUCCUAUGCAAGUUGAAAGCAAUGAAAGCAAGAAGGGUGCACCAAAGGGCAAGCAAACACAUGAUUCGGUUAUACCAUGCAACCUCUUACCAUUUCCACAAAGGUUGUGGAAGUCAAAAGACACCGAGAGAGAGAACAAGUUUAAGAUGAUGUUGGACAAGCUUGAGAUAUCCAUGCCCUUUGUAGAUGUCGUUACUCAAAUUUCUUCUUACAAGAAAUUUUUGAAGGACACUUUGAGUAACAAGAAGAAGUUAGAGAAUAGUGCGGUGGUUGAUAUGAGUGAAGGAGCCUUGACAUGUGCCGUACUCCAAAAACAUUUGCCACCGAAGUUGAAGGACCCCGGGAGUUUUGCUAUUCCAUGCAUUGUGGGAGGAUUUGUAGUAGGACGUGCCUUAUGUGAUCUUGGAGCUAGUGUGAGCCUCAUGCCGUAUUCUCUUUGCAAAAGCCUCAACCUUGGUGGAAAGAAGGUUCCUAUAUCAUCAAGGCUCAGGAUGACUUAUGUAGCAAAAGCGUGGUAG